UUCAUCAGCCAUCCAACUGUCGCAAAUCUAUAUGAUUACACAGAUGGGAGAGAGAGAGAGAGAGUGAAAUUAGUAUGAUUAAAAUUACAGUUUACCUUCACCACACAGAAUCCUCCACGGAUUGCUAUGAGUUUUAUAACCAUAGAAAAGGUCAAGUAAUCUCCCACACCACAAUCAUCUACUGCUCACAAAAACUUGUUCCACCCUCCACGUGUUCCCAUGCAUGUCUCCAUGCUCAAAUCUUCCCCACACCUGUCCCUCUCCACCCCCUCUUAACAUCUCCCGCAUCUCUGUCUCACUCCACGUCCCCCUCCCCCUCCCCUCUCUCUCUCUCUCUCUCUCUCUCAACGCAUCCAUGGCCGACCGUCACCAAAACCCAGCACAAACCCAGCAGCAGCAAAGAGCUCCGAGACACAGCAACCAUAACACCCCGACAAAUGCCUCCACAUUCCUACGUAAACUCCAAGGCAGUGCACCAAACUCUGCCCAGCUCGUCGGCUUCCUCACCCUCCUCGUCUCCGGCGCCAUUCUCCUCCUCCUCACCGGCCUCACCGUCACCGCCACCGUCCUCGGCGUAAUCUUCUUCACCCCUCUCAUCAUCGUCUCCAGUCCCAUAUGGGUCCCCCUCGGCAUCGUCCUCGUCCUCACUGCUGGCUUCUUCGUGUCCAUGUGCGGGUUCGGAGCCGCGGCCGUGGCCGGUUUGUCUUGGAUGUACAGGUACUUCAAGGGGAUGCACCCGCCCGGUUCGGACCGGGUCGACUACGCAAGGAGCCGGAUUUACGAUACUGCGAGCCACGUCAAGGAUUAUGCUAGAGAGUAUGGCGGAUAUUUACACAGUAAGGUCAAGGAUGCAGCUCCCGGUGCUUAAACCUACGAUCAAGAGCUAUAGGAUUUGUUUUCUUUCUUCACCGGUCCGGUUUAUUGUUGAAUGUUGAACCUGCAGAUAUGAUGGACCCUUUUUUUCUCUCCUUUAUUACGUUUUUUUUUUUUUUUUUUUGGUCAAUCUUUUAUUACGUUUCAUGUCUCUGAUAUUUGGUUUGUUUCUUUUUAAUUUUUAGUUUAAUUUUUUUUUUCUUUUUGGGGUCAGAUUUAAAGGCUUUAUUUAGUGCAUGGUUUGGGCUUUUGCUCUUUAUAUAUGUUGUUAUGGUUUUGGUAAGUGGAAGGAAUCUACUUUUGUGCA